AUGGAUUCACACUGCAGUCGAGAACCAAAAGUCGAAACGGAAAUCGAAUCUGCUGGAACGAACACCGCAGCCCAAUCCUGGACACCAGAAUGCCAUCCAACCAUGUAUCAUCAAUCUGACUGGGACCUGGUGACACGCCCAAAAGUCACAUCUCUUCAAGACAUCGAGGACGAGUUUGCCAAAAUCAUGAAAUGGUCGAUAAGUCAGCUUAAUGUCGUGGAAGCUAACAAAAGCUUUCUUCUUCACAACCCCGAACAGAAUACCUUUGGAAGUAUGAUCAACACGUCUAUCGGUAAUUCCACUGGAAAGCCAAAUGGCCCUACUGCGGUCAGUCAGGGCGGCAGCAAUACUUCGCGUCCUCCGAAUUGGAUAGAAACCAUCCUGGCGUUCAAGGCAGGUGUAUUCAAGAAACUGCCGGAUAGAAAGCUGCCCAGCUACUACGAGGGGAAAAUGUAUCCCUACAAAGUCACGAUUACAAGGGCCGAGUAUAAUGCGAUCGAAACAGUGCAAAACUGCGAGUUCCCCAGUCGGGAUGACUGGGAAAGAGAGAUCAAGGAAACCCAGGCGAGGCUCGACGAUAUCGUCAGAUACCGAACACGAUGUGAGACAGAUUUGUGA